AUGUACCCCACGCAGGUUCGGCGGCUCUUUCCCUUCCCUGAGACUGGAGACAGCCCAGUAGCUGGGGCUGGGCCUGACAAAGCCGGAUUGAAGCGGAGACAGAGUACGGUUUCAAAGCAGUCAGAAAAAGAACGGGAAUGCUGUUCAGGAAAUUCUUCAGGCAUGGGCAGGGACUUGGCUGCAGUUCCGCAGCUGGAAAAUCUGACUGGGGCGGCUUCUGAGCGCGGGCUGGGCCUGCUCACACUCCGCAGGCCGCCGCCUGCACAGCCUGGCUCGCUCGGACCCGCGCCCUCCGCGGCUUCGGGAAGCAGACGAGAUGCCUCAGGAACAGUACACGCACCACCGGAGCGCCAUGCCCAGCUCCGAGGGGCCGCAGGUGUACAAAGUGGGGAUUUACGGCUGGCGGAAAAGAUGCCUGUAUUUCUUUGUCCUGCUCCUGAUGAUUUUAAUACUGGUGAACUUGGCCAUGACCAUCUGGAUUCUCAAAGUCAUGAACUUCACAAUCGAAACCUGUGCUCAGUGCAGUCUCUUACCUUCCUGCUAAAUACAGAGAACACGGCUGAGAUCGCCACGCCUGGUGGUUACUUUAAGCAGGAUGCCAAGCUCAUCAAACAGGCAGACCUCAUGCAACACCAGACUGUACAAAAGGUAUGGCCCAAUGGGAUUUAUGUUGUGUGGUACCUUCACGCUGUGAUCUAUUUGAAUGGCAUGAUCUACCGGGACACCAUAUGUGAUCUAAUGCGAUCAGAAGAGGUGGCCGAGAGCAUCGACGAUGAGUAG